UUUGGUGACGUUCACUAGUGUGAUCUUUCAGAGGCUGGCGGAAAUCCCAAAGUAUUAUCUAGUAAGGUAACCGCCUCACAUAAGUAAGCCAUUGGACCAGGAGACGCCACAAGAGUGCGAACCUCUAUACUCCAAUUGCGAUCUUUUCGGCUCAUCGUCUGUAUGGACUGAGUUCAGACGCUCUGCUUGCAUCCUAGCCCACAAGGCCCUCCGAUCGCCAACUGAUUGAUUGGUGUUGCCGAAGAAGUCAAAAUGGUUUUAGCAGAUUUGGGAAGAAAAAUAACCUCAGCGUUGCGUUCGCUGAGCAACGCCACCAUCAUCAAUGAAGAGGUUUUAAAUGCUAUGCUGAAAGAAGUGUGCGCUGCCCUGCUGGAAGCUGAUGUUAACAUCAAGUUGGUGAAGCAGCUCAGAGAAAAUGUCAAGGCAGCCAUUGAUCUGGAGGAGAUGGCCUCUGGUCUGAACAAGAGGAGGAUGAUCCAGCAUGCUGUCUUCAAGGAGUUGGUCAAGCUGGUGGACCCAGGAGUGAAGGCGUGGAUGCCCACAAAGGGGAAGAAUAACGUCAUCAUGUUUGUGGGGCUCCAGGGCAGCGGGAAAACCACAACAUGCUCAAAGCUGGCAUACUAUUACCAAAGAAAAGGCUGGAAGACUUGUUUGAUAUGCGCCGACACAUUCAGAGCUGGUGCCUUUGAUCAGCUGAAGCAAAAUGCAACGAAAGCCAGAAUUCCCUUCUAUGGAAGUUACACAGAGAUGGACCCUGUCAUCAUAGCUUCUGAAGGUGUGGAAAAAUUCAAGAACGAGAACUUUGAAAUAAUCAUCGUUGACACCAGUGGAAGACACAAACAGGAAGACUCACUCUUUGAGGAGAUGCUCCAGGUUUCCAAUGCUGUGCAACCGGACAACAUUGUUUAUGUGAUGGACGCCUCUAUUGGACAAGCUUGCGAAGCCCAGGCCAAAGCCUUUAAAGACAAGGUGGAUGUGGCCUCAGUGAUUGUUACAAAGCUUGAUGGACACGCCAAGGGUGGUGGUGCCCUUAGCGCAGUGGCUGCAACUAAGAGUCCCAUCAUUUUCAUAGGUACUGGAGAGCACAUUGACGAUUUUGAGCCUUUCAAGACACAGCCUUUCAUUAGCAAGUUGCUGGGCAUGGGAGACAUUGAAGGUUUGAUUGACAAGGUGAAUGAGCUGAAACUGGAUGACAAUGAAGAACUGAUCGACAAGCUGAAACAUGGUCAGUUCACCCUCAGAGAUAUGUAUGAACAAUUCCAGAACAUCAUGAAGAUGGGUCCUUUCAGUCAGAUAAUGGGGAUGAUCCCAGGCUUUGGGACUGACUUCAUGAGCAAAGGCAAUGAGCAGGAGUCUAUGGCCAGGCUGAAGAAGCUCAUGACCAUCAUGGACAGCAUGAACGACCAAGAACUUGACAACAAAGAUGGUGCCAAGCUCUUCAGCAAGCAGCCAAACAGAAUCCAGAGAGUGGCUCGGGGGUCAGGGGUUGCGACUAGGGAUGUGCAGGAGCUCCUGACCCAGUACACCAAGUUUGCCCAGAUGGUGAAGAAGAUGGGCGGCAUCAAGGGCUUGUUCAAAGGUGGAGACAUGUCCAAGAAUGUCAACCCCUCUCAGAUGGCGAAACUGAACCAGCAGAUGGCCAAGAUGAUGGAUCCUAGAGUUCUUCACCACAUGGGUGGCAUGGCUGGGCUCCAAUCCAUGAUGAGACAGUUCCAGCAGGGGGCGGCUGGUAAUAUGAAAGGAAUGAUGGGGUUCAAUAACAUGUGAACGUCUGAGCCUUAAUAAAAACCCAGUACAACUUUAUUUAAAACCAUUUUAUCUUAGCCAACAGGAAGAGUGAUCCAACACCAAUUUUCUGUUUUUUUUUUUUUCUAUUAUAUAAUUAACUUCCCCUUUUUUCUUUGUGGAUAAAAAGAAUGCACAAACUAAUGUGAUAGGGACUAAAUCCUAGUGGUUUUAUUGCUGCCACUAAGAUGUUCACAUAUAGGAUCCGGUAAUGGAAGGUUAUGUUUCACGUUUUUGUGCGUUGUAUUUACACUGGAUCAUAAUCAGAAUGGGAAAUCAGUGGGUAAGAGUAGUGUGAAGUACAUCCAAUGCAAAUUUAGUUUGACAGUAUUUUGUCAUGAAAUGUUAUAUAAUAAAAUUUGUAUGGCAA